GAGGAGGGGAAAUAAAUAAAUAAAUAGAAUAAGUGUGGAGGAGAACACGUGGACAAGCAGAUGCUGACGAUGGUGUAGAUCUGCUUAUUCAGUUAUAUAUCCAGGCCAAUUUUUAGCUGUUUUUGAAUGAAACAGAUAAUUUAAAUCAUGCUUUUUUGAGUUGCCAUUGUUAGAUUCUGCACAGACGUUUAUCUGUGUUUUUGGGCAUCAGAGAACCUUGUUCCCUUUGAGAACAAAUCAGUGAAAAACACCACAGCAGGAGGUUAUAAAGAGAAAUAAAUAAAUAAAAAGCUCUGCCUGCAAGUUACAGAAACGCUUCAUUAUUUUUAUUUAGUUCCCCCUUUUUGGAGCGUGUCAGCAGGAAGCUGAACAUCAGAGGCACCCCAGAUCACACAGAGUUUUCCCUCAGCCUGUGUGCCCGCCUGCCUGCCUGUAUCUUUAGACCACUACCUUACAAAUGAGCAUGCUGCGUCCCUGAGAGAGCUGCUGAUUCUGGGCGGUGCAAAGUGGAGUAUAUCACAUCUGAGUGCAGCAGAGCACAGAGAGGCAGGCACAUCCGCCGCUGUAGGGAUCAAAUCUGUACCAUCUGACGCUUAAGGAUUUAUGGGUUUAGUCAAAAUUGCUUUUCCCACUGUGGAGAUUAAGCACCGUAGGAUGUUUUCCACUCAGGCCGGAGAAUAGCCCAGUUUAGCUGCAGCUGCUGUGAACAGUUUUUCUCCUUCUUAUCAGCUCGGUGCUGAAGGAGGGAAUGUCUCAGGAGGAUAGAGUGCCCCAAACCCUGGCGGGGAGUAGAUUCUGACUGACAGGAGAGGCGCGUCCUCUGGGGAAUGUAAGCCAUGCAAGUGGAUGCCGUCCUUGUUUUCUUCUGGGUUUGGCUCGCCGGCGCAGCUGGAAAGAUGGUUCAGUCAAGAGGUCACAAGCUGGAAACUUACAAGCAAAGCAGGCUACGAAGAGACACCAGGAUGGAAGGAGGAGGUGGUCACAAAUCUGGCAGCCCCAUUUACAAGAGAAGCCCAGACCUGACCAAAUCUCCAAUGACGAAAUCCGAGCAGCUCCUCAGGAUAGACGACCACGAUUUCACCAUGAGGCCAGCGUUUGGAGGUCCUCCGAUUCCUGUUGGGGUUGAUGUUCAGGUUGAAAGUCUGGAUACGAUUUCUGAAGUUGACAUGGACUUCACCAUGACCCUGUAUCUGCGCCACUACUGGAAGGACGAGCGGCUGUCGUUUCCGAGCACCAACAACCAGAGCAUGACCUUCGACAGUCGCCUGGUGAAGAAAAUUUGGGUUCCCGACAUGUUCUUUGUCCACUCUAAACGCUCCUUCAUCCACGACACAACCACAGACAACGUCAUGCUGAGGGUCUACCCUGAUGGCAAUGUCCUCUACAGUCUCAGAGUCACGGUCACUGCCAUGUGCAACAUGGACCUCAGCCGCUUCCCUCUGGACACGCAGACCUGCUCGCUGGAGAUCGAGAGCUACGCGUACACGGAUGACGACUUGAUGCUGUACUGGAAAAAAGGCAACGAAUCCCUGAACACAGAUGACAGGAUCUCUCUGUCUCAGUUCCUCAUUCAGAAAUUUCACACCACCACAAAGCUGGCUUUCUACAGCAGCACAGGCUGGUACAACCGUUUGUACAUCCACUUCACCCUGCGGCGCCAUAUAUUCUUCUUCCUGCUGCAGACCUACUUCCCCGCGACUUUAAUGGUCAUGCUGUCCUGGGUGUCCUUCUGGAUCGACCGCAGAGCUGUCCCUGCCAGGGUGCCACUAGGCAUCACCACAGUGCUGACCAUGUCCACCAUCAUCACUGGGGUCAAUGCCUCCAUGCCUCGGGUUUCUUACAUUAAAGCGGUGGACAUUUACCUUUGGGUCAGCUUCGUCUUUGUCUUCCUCUCGGUCAUCGAGUACGCGGCAGUCAACUACCUCUCCACGGUGCAGGAGAGGAAAGAGAGGAAGCUGAGGGAAAGACUGCCGUGCACGUGUGGCAUCGGAAACCCUGACGAAAUGAUGAUCGACCCCCAGAUCACCGGGUAUGGGUCCAUGGAUGUGAACACCACCGGAAACUAUGGGAUGCCAGAAAACGGUGGUCGCCAGGAGCAAAUUCUGGCUCAGGUGGCUCUGAAUGACCCACAGAUUGCAAGCCGCGUGAAGCCCUCCAGAGGUUAUGUUAACAUCUGGAUAGACACCCAUGCGAUCGACAAGUACUCAAGGGUGGUCUUUCCUGGAGCUUACAUCCUCUUCAACAUCAUCUACUGGUCCAUAUACUCGUAA